GUGGAGGCCGGGACGCAGCGGGUGCAGAGGCAAGUUCCACGCUGAGCAGCCGCCCCAGCUAGCUGGUCCUGCAGUGGCGGCCCGGGGCGCCUGGCGCGCGACCCUUCGCCAUGUACACCUUCGUGGUGCGCGACGAGAACAGCAGCGUCUAUGCCGAGGUCUCCCGGCUGCUCCUCGCCACCGGUCACUGGAAAAGGCUGCGGCGGGACAACCCCAGAUUUAACCUGAUGCUGGGGGAGAGGAACCGGCUGCCCUUUGGAAGACUGGGUCAUGAGCCUGGGCUGCUGCAGUUGGUGAACUACUACAGAGGGGCUGACAAACUGUGCCGGAAAGCUUCUUUAGUGAAGUUAAUCAAGACGAGCCCAGAAUUGUCUGAGUCCUGCACAUGGUUCCCCGAAUCCUAUGUGAUCUAUCCAACUAAUCUCAAGACACCAGUUGCUCCAGCACAGAAUGGAAUCCACCCACCAAUCAAUAACUCAAGGACAGAUGAAAGAGAAUUCUUCCUGGCUUCUUAUAACAGAAAGAGAGAGGGUGGAGAAGGCAACAUUUGGAUUGCAAAGUCAUCAGCUGGUGCCAAAGGUGAAGGCAUCCUCAUCUCCUCUGAAGCUACAGAGCUUCUGGAAUUCAUUGACAACCAGGGCCAGGUGCACGUAAUCCAGAAAUACCUUGAGCACCCUCUGCUUCUUGAGCCAGGUCAUCGAAAGUUUGACAUUCGGAGUUGGGUCUUGGUGGAUAAUCAGUAUAAUAUCUACCUCUAUAGAGAGGGUGUGCUUCGGACUGCUUCAGAGCCAUAUCACGUUGAUAAUUUCCAAGACAAAACCUGCCAUUUGACCAAUCACUGCAUUCAAAAGGAGUACUCAAAGAAUUAUGGGAAGUAUGAAGAAGGAAACGAAAUGUUCUUUGAAGAGUUCAAUCAGUACCUAAUAAGUGCUUUGAACAUUACCCUGGAGAGUAGUAUCUUACUGCAAAUCAAACAUAUAAUAAGGAGCUGCCUUAUGAGUGUGGAGCCUGCCAUCAGCACCAAACAUCUUCCUUACCAGAGCUUCCAGCUCUUUGGCUUCGACUUCAUGGUGGAUGAAGAGCUGAAGGUGUGGCUCAUUGAAGUCAACGGCGCCCCUGCAUGUGCUCAGAAACUUUAUGCCGAGCUUUGCCAGGGCAUCGUGGACUUAGCCAUAUCCAGUGUCUUCCCACCUCUGGAGGCGGAGCAGCAGCAGCAGCCCCCACCGGCUGCGUUCAUCAAGCUCUGA